AUGGCAGUUGGUUCCCUAGUGCAUCAGACACAACGUGUCACGUUAUCUUCAUCUGUUAACAGUCCAUCGAAAAAAUGGUGGACUAUGUUGAAAUAUACGCUUGGAAGAAAUAAGCAUUCAUCAGUUCCGUCACUGUUGGGCACCAGUACACAUCAAUCAGCCUCAUCUCCUCAUGAUCGUGCACAAUUACUUAAUAAAUAUUUUUGUAGUGUUGGUACUGCGGUUUCUUCGAUUAAUCCGCUGGCAGCUAAUUCGCUGCCGCAGCCUAAAAUUAUUAUGUCUGAAUUUCGAAUUAAUGUCUAUGAAGUCUAUGAAUUGUUAUUGCGGAUUGAUACAGGUAAAGCCACUGCUCCUGGUACAACUAAUCGUAUGUUGAAAGAAGGUGCUCCUGUGAUGACCCCUGUUCUGACAUACUUGUUCAAUGAAUCACUUCAUAUCAGUAAAGCAUUUGAUAAGGUGUCUCAUGACGGUUUGAUAGUUAAGCUGCGCAGUAAAGGCAUCCCUGACGAAUGGGAUGAACCGAGUACAAAAUCUCAUCCAGAAAUAGGUAGUAUGUUUGAAUAUUUGGAAUAUUUAAUGAACGUCAUAAAAGAAACUGAUGGUGAUAAUAUUGAAAUGGCGAAACGAUUACGUCAAGAUUCGGAAUUAAUUCGCUGUGGUAAAACUGUUUUAAUCAGUUUUUUAUGUCAGAAAGUUUUAGAUGAUGAAUUAGCUACUUUUUCCAUUCAUGCCGGAUCAAAAAUUAGACGUAUACGCAUGAUUCGAACAAGUUUAUCACCCUAUGAUUAUUUUCAAGGUAAUAAUAUUGAAAAUUCAUUAACAGAAGAAGAAAAUGAUCUAAUUGGACUAAUGGAAAUACCACCCGAUAGUGCAAAACAGCGUGCAAUAUUAGAGAAUAUAUAUUUACCAUCUUUGUAUUAUGAUAGUCGAAUUGACCGGAAAGCAGAACUCAUUCAUGUAGCAUGCAAGAUCGAAUGCUUCCACACACGUAGUGGACCUGAAAUGACUCGAAACAGGGGACGAUUAUAUCGAAAAGCGUAA